AAAGAAGUGGUGAAAACGUUUGUGAAAGUUGGAGAAAGGAGUGCUGGGAAGAGUUUGUUGUAUUGGAGUACAAAAAGUGUAGGUUAGUGAGAGAUUUUCAAUGUCAUGGCUAAUUAUUUAGCUGAUUUCAACUAUGUUAAAAAGCCCCUCGGGAUUUCAGAUUUUUAGCGAGACUUGGUUACACAAACUAACAAACAGACUGAUUCAGCGAAAGGUAUGGAGAAACAUUUAAUUUCUCUGUAGGGUCCUUUCCCUAAAGUUGUGAGACACUUCUAAACAGGGAUGGGCAUGAGUACUUGAGAACUCCAUUUGGACGUCCGUUCAAUGUGUAAUCACCACCCAACCUCCCACAUGUAAACAUGACUUUAAUAUGUAUUUUUGGGCUAUUUAAAAUGGGUAAAGUCUUAUUUAAUUUAUUUCAUUGUAGAGCUGCAUGCAGUGUUUUGCCUUGCUCAGCACCUCCUUGCCUGACUGUUGCUCUCCCUGUUUAUCAUGAGACUACUGCUGCAGGAGUGUGAGCUCCGCACCAGGGAACAGUUGAUGAGUGUACACACAGUGACAGGGCUUACUGUUAGGAUCACACGGCUAACAUUACUGGUUCUUAGUGGGUUAAAUUUUAGAGUUGAGUUAUUUCAGUGUUGGUGUGAGUUUAUUGGGACCGUUGAACAGCUUGAUGUCGGCUAUUAGCAGCUCCUGCUGUGUUAGCUCAUGCUAACCAGGCAGAUAGAAAACUGACUGGGAGGAGAGGGGCUCUGAACUCCAGAGACAGUCCUUCAGUGCUGCGUCUAAACUGUGUGAUAGCAGCGACGAAGGUUUGCUGACUUUUCCUUAUCUUAUAUGACUUUGAAUAUAUGGUUUAGUAGGUUAACUGAAGCCUGAUUAUUGAAAUUUUCCGUUAUUAGCCAAUUUACAUUCCUAUUAAUACAUUAGAUUUUUUUGUGUUUGUUUGUUUGUUUGUAAUUACUUUGUAAUAAUUUAAUGCAAGUACAUGAAUAUGGAAAUUGCUUAAAAUGCCCAUUGCUACUUCUAAUCACAAUCUGGAAUGUCAGUGGCUAAAAAAUAAGCACUUUUAAUUAAUGCACAAUUGCCUGUAGGGAUUCAAUUGCAGCCUUUUUUGAUGUUACGGCUGCAGCGGUCUCUCAAUACUGGACCAUUUUCAAAAAUUGUUGUCUCCUUUAGUCACUUAGACAGAAAAACAUGGGGCAAUAGGGACCAUUUUGAAAACAUACCAGAGUUUCCCUUGAAGUCAGGUUUUCUCUGAAAGCACACACACAAUACAACCUGACACUACAGACCUGCUGCCUAAUCAACUCACUGUAUAAAUGCAAUAUUUCUCCAAUAAUUCCUGCUGUUUGUAAUCUUUAUGUAAGUAUAAAUAACUUUGUGACUGUAUUUAUGAAAUGUAUUAUUAUAAUGGUGAUGUAAACAAAAAUGAUAUUAGAACAAGUGUUUACAGUUAAGUAUGAAGUUAAAAAUAUAUUUGAUAUUACGCCAUCAUGUGCCUUUGAACCAGACAGCUGAUUUUGUGUAGAUGAGAAUAAAAUGGGGUUAUUGUCCUGUAAAUAUGUUGCAUCCCUCCUCUUUUAAAAUCAUCUCUGCUAUGUUAUUAUCUAAGCUGCCAUGAAGGGACUUUACCCUGGAGCUUGAUUUUAUAACUGAUCUAAGAGCAGUCUUUGUGUGAGAGAGCUGUUAUUUUUCAAGAUCUUGUGUUUGAGGUUGCUGACACGGCUCCACCAAAUUGAGGUCAAAUGAUUCUUCUUUUUCUUGAAUCAUGCUCGCUGUGAAAUUUGUGAUGUGGAACUUCUGUUUGAUCUCAUACAAAUGUCCGCACGAUGACGCAUCAGUUACUGUUUUCACUUGAAUUUAUCACACCUAAGGAUCUUUUAAACUUAUCGCAAUUCUGGUAAUCAACGUAUGAAACCAAACUUCUCAGAACUGUCUUGUAUGUUUGCUUUGAAGUUAGCGAAAACAUCAGAGCCUUGAAGAAGGAGUGGGAGCUUAGGUGUGCUCUGGCCAUACUCAAUAAUAAGCUGUUUGUGUGUAAGGCACUGAUUCCAGUAUGUUAUUGUUCACGAGCUCAAGGAUGUCUGGUGUAGGGUACACAGAGUCCCUGAAGCACCCAGAGGAGAACCCAUAACUUAACGAAUGAGAAGGAGAACGAGGAGCAUUUUCUCAUCUUUCUGUUGUGUCAUCCACACCUUAAACCAUGCCAAGACUGCUCAGCUGUCUCUGCUGGAUUUCUCUCUUUGUCCAUCUGCAUGGAUCUACAUUGUCUACUUUUAACAUUUCAACCCAGAUCCAGCUUCCAAAUGUGACUCAAGAUGAGGAGGACAAAGGCUGGGAUUCACCAUUUCUUCAGCUGAGAGCCAGUCUACCAUCUUACUUGCAGCCAGUCCGCCCAUACACCCUGCUGACAAACACCGAAGACUACCACUACAUGCCCAAACCCAGACAUCGCCGACCUUCUCGCCUCCUGCGUCUUCUGGGGUCCUCUUUUGACCCGUUUUGGAUGUCCAUAGAGCAGCCGGCUGAAGCCACUGGGGUUCAUGGUGAUGGUCAACCUUUGCCUGCAAAAUUACCCAACUACACCACUGCCAGGAAGAAGUUCAACCUGAGCGCCUCUCCAGAGCUGAGAGAGGCUGCAGAGACCCAUCACCAGAAGCUGGUAAAGGAAGCGGCAGAUCUGGACCUCAGUCCUCUGCCCUCACAUGCUGCAAGUUCAGUCAGAGACUGGUUAGUGCGCUCUGCCACUUGCGGCUUAAGCUACCAAUGGGUGGAUCAGGGUACUGCUUUCUGGCCACGUUGGCUCCGGCAGACAGACUGUGAAAGAUCGGAUGGAGUGGGAAGUUGCUCCUUUCCUGUUGGGAUGGAAUGUGUGCGAGCUCAGACAAGUCACAUAAGGAUUCUGGCUUGGCACUGCUUGGGAAUCGGAGAGGGAAGCAAUGGGUCUAGAAGGAUUAAAGCUGACAGGUUUGAUGGCAGCACUGAGAUGGGGACAGGUGACGCCAUGAAAAGAUGUUUAUGGAGGCAAGUGCCUUAUCCUGUGGUCACAGCAUGUGCAUGUUCAUGUCAAUGAAUGUUUUUCUCACUAGAGCCAAAGAUUGUCAAUCCUCAUCUUCAGAGGGUUUUCUUUAAUAUGCAUAUGUAUUUCUGUCAAUGAGUUGUUAUUGAUAAAAUCAAAAUUGUGAUGACUGAUUUUUCUAAUUACAGCUGCUUUUAAUCUCUCAGUAAAACAUUGCAUGUACUUUACUGGCUUAAAGCAGAAUUGAAUCAAAAUAUUAUUUAUUAUUAUAAUACUAUUGUUUGCAUCUGCAUGGCAUCUUUCUAGACUUCCAAUGACUCAAGGCGCUUUUACACUACAUGCCCAUUCACACUCACGUUCAUACACUGGUGGCCGAGGCUGCCAUACAAGGUGCUGCCUCACGCACCUGCAGCAGUAGGCAGUAGGCAGGUUCAGUAUCUUGCCAAAGAAUACUUCAACAUGCCAGACUGGAGGAGACAGUCUUGAUUCUAGUAAUCACUGUACCUUCUGGGGCACAGUCACCCCAGAACAACCAGAUCAUUGACACUCAAACCACAGUCCAUUGUUGCUUUAUGAAAGCUGCUGCAAAGUGAAGUGCCUAUGGAGUGAUGAAGUACUGUAAAAGCCACUUAUGUACUUUCUCCAUCCUGUGAGGGCCUGGGGUUUAAAAAAUGUCAAUUUUAUGGCCACAAGCUCUUCAAAAGUGAAGUACAUGUGUGGUGUCAGUAAUGCUAACCUGCCAUUUGGUACACAGCUAAAUAGUCCUGUAUUUCUUUUGGGUUGUGCUACAUUCAUAUCCUGUGGGAAAAUCAUGUAAUAGCUUUUAUUUUGAGUUGUGGUUUCAGUACACUGAAAACUUUUCACCUCUCUUUUUUCACUCCUGCACAUUUGGCGUGGGUAUAUAUCAGAUGUAACACUUUUUUUAUUGUUUUAGAUCAAAGACACUUGUCAUAUAUCUUGAUGAUGAUAAAAUCAUUUUCACAAGAAGAAUAGUUUUCAUUUGUAUUUAUGAUAACAGCUUACAAGUAGCUAAAUAUGUUUAACUGAAGAAACUGGUGUUGAUCACAGGUAGGAGAUCCUGGGUUUAAAGCUUAAAAUCCCCUGUUGGCCAAAGCUGUGCAUCUUAGGUAUUUAUCCAAAAGAUUUUAUUACCAAGAAGAGUGACUGUGCUGUAAGACAUUUGUGUCUCUUACAAGCUAAAAGAGAAAUAGCAAUAAGACUGAAAGAUGUGAACGAAGCAAGUAUGAAUCAAUAUGUAAAAGAUUUAUCAACAUGUGUUGCAUAUUACUAAGGGGAAGUGUUUGGAAAUAUCUGGGGGAGAUUCAUGGAAUUUUUGAAACAAAGUGCUCCUAAUUUUUAUUAAAACCAAAGGUUGGAGUGGGGGCGAGGCAACUGAAUUAAGAUAUAAAGUGAAGUAGCCCAUGUGUACUUUAUGAUUACUGUUCACUAUUGUAACAUCUGUUCACUCACCUCUGUUUUGAUGGGGUUUUUUUUGUUCUUGUUUGCCUUUUCAUUUGAUGGUUUACCACAUUUGCUGCCAAGACUGACUUUUUUAUGUAUGUGUAAUAUCUUUUUAUAGUUGAAAACCCCAAUAAAAAGGUUGUUGAAAAAAAAAUAGUAGCCAAGCAAAUAUUCAAGUCGUAAGCCUGUAUCUGUGGUUUUUCUCAUUUGAAAUGAAUUCACAGGUAGAAGUUUUGAUUACGUUGAUUUAAUCAUU